CGACUGGACACUCUAGAGGGCGGGGCGGCGAGCGAGGGCUCGCGGCCACGUGACCGACGCCAACAUGGCGGCGCCCAGCGGCGUCCACCUGCUCUUCCGCAGAGGUUGUCAUAGAAUUUUGUCUUCACCACUCAAUCAUAUCUACUUCCACAAGCAGUCAAGCAGUCAACAAAGAAGAAAUUUCUUUUUCCGGAGACAAAGAGAUAUUUCACACAGUAUAGUUUUGCCGGCUGCAGUUUCUUCAGCUCAUCCAGUCCCUAAGCACAUAAAGAAGCCAGACUAUGUGACGACAGGCAUUGUGCCCGACUGGGGAGACAGCAUAGAAGUUAAGAAUGAAGAUCAGAUUCAAGGGCUUCGUCAGGCUUGUCAGCUGGCUCGUCAUGUCCUCCUCCUGGCUGGGAAGAGUUUAAAGGUUGACAUGACAACUGAAGAGAUAGAUGCUCUUGUUCAUCAGGAAAUCAUCCGUCACGAUGCCUAUCCCUCACCUCUAGGCUAUGGAGGUUUUCCAAAAUCUGUUUGUACCUCUGUAAACAACGUACUAUGUCAUGGUAUUCCUGACAGUCGACCUCUUCAGGAUGGAGAUAUUAUCAACAUUGAUGUCACGGUCUAUUACAAUGGCUACCAUGGAGACACCUCUGAAACAUUUUUGGUGGGCAAUGUGGAUGAAUGUGGUAAAAAGUUAGUGGCGGUUGCCAGGAGGUGUAGAGAUGAAGCAAUUGCAGCUUGCAGAGCAGGGGCUCCCUUCUCUGUAAUUGGAAACACAAUCAGCCACAUAACUCAUCAGAAUGGUUUGCAAGUCUGUCCACAUUUUGUGGGACAUGGAAUAGGAUCCUACUUCCAUGGACAUCCAGAAAUUUGGCAUCAUGCGAAUGACAAUGAUCUACUCAUGGAGGAGGGAAUGGCGUUCACCAUCGAGCCAAUCAUAACCGAGGGAUCCCCUGAAUUUAAAGUCCUGGAGGAUGCAUGGACUGUGGUCUCCCUGGACAAUCAAAGGUGUUUGCUUUCUGCCCCGUUGCUUUUGAAUUAUCUGGGAAGGGAAGCUCCUCGGGACCACGGCGCUGGCUCGCCGCUCCCCGCCCCGCCCGCGCCUCCGCGCCCCGCGACUGCUGCCUUGUGUGUUUCAGGUCCGCCCAGUUCGAGCACACAGUUGUCAUCACCGCGGGGGGUGCGCAGAUCCUGACCAAACUGCCCCACGAGGCCUGAGGAGCGGCCCGAAGGUCGCAGAGCCUGGGCGCCUUUGCUCCUCAAUCGCUGAAAUCCAGCUGGACAACUUUUAGAAGAAACGGGCGGACGGCAGGUCGCGCAGUAACCUACCUAGCACCUAGUGGCGUCUUGGAAAAACCCGGGUGGGGAUGGGGGUCAGUUGGGAACUCAGAUCUGAAGCUCUGCGUGGCCGCGCGGCUUCGGACAGACGGAUCCUGGCGCGGGGCUCUGCUCACAGCUCGGGAAACGCUUCUGGAGGGGAAUGGGGACGCCCUCGUUUGGAAGACGAGGGAUUCCUAGAGAUACGUGGUUUUCUCUUUCCUUUGUCUAGGCUCUGCCCAAGUAUAAAGCUUU